AUGAGCAACGUGGUCAUCGUCGGAUCGGUGGCCACUUUGGCCUUCGUGAUUGCUUCCCUUGUGACCAUGAUGUCCCUCCUUCGGGACAUCAACGAUCUUCAGAUGGAAGUCAAAGUCAGCAUGGAAGAGUUCAAGGUUAUCUCGGAUGACACUUGGAAUCGCAUCCUCAUCAAACAUCUAAAUCCUAGUGGUGUAUCGGUAGCUCCGCCUACUUUCGCAUCACUUUACGGGCGUCGUCCACGUGUGGCAGGGUUCCCAGAGCAAUGCAACUGUGGAGAAAAGUCCAGAGACUGUCCACCUGGGCCGCCUGGUGCUCAAGGACCGAGGGGAUUACCCGGAGAACCUGGAAGACCCGGCGAAGAUGGAAGACCUGGCGCCCCUGGCCUCGCCAUCGCCGUAACUCAUGCCAUCCCUGGUGGUUGUAUAAAAUGUCCAGCAGGACCUCCUGGACCACGUGGAGAAGCAGGAGAUCAUGGACCAGCUGGGCCGCCUGGAUCCUUUGGAAUACGUGGUGCUAUGGGCAAUAUUGGACCAAUGGGAGAUCCCGGUCCACAAGGAGAAGAAGGACCUAAGGGAAUAGCCGGCCGUCCAGGACAACCAGGACCACCUGGAGAACCUGGUACCAUGUACAGUCCGGGUAUGCCAGGUAUGCGUGGUCCUCCAGGACAACCCGGUCCUCCAGGAGAACAAGGCCAUCCCGGACCCGACGGAAAGAACGGGCUCCCAGGGCCUCCAGGUCGUCCUGGUCGGAAUGGCAAAGACGGCAACCGCGGAAGAAAUGGACAACCCGGACCGAGAGGCGAAAAUGGAAAGCCGGGAAUGGAUGCCAUGUAUUGCCCAUGCCCACCACGCCGCAAGCGCCGCUUAUAA